AUGUUGACGUGGUUGCUUGACAGCGAUGACCCUUUCAAGCGGUUUGGACUCUUGAUGCUCGGCAUCGUCGUCGGUGCCACCAUAGCCGUGCAAUGUCUGCCAAGUGACAAUACUGACAAGAAACUCGUCCAGCUAGGAGCGAACGUCACACCUGGCGCACGUAGACCAGCACGCGUGCCCUUUCUCCCUUCAUCCAUCCCAGUCGUAGGGCAUGCUGUGUAUAUGGCCUAUUACGCCAAUAGGUUCUUCGAAUGGACCACGGACAUCUUUCUAUCGCGCAAGGGGGCACCCUUCACUUUGAGCCUGCCAUUUCAACGUGAUCUGAUCCUCACUGCCAACCCGGAGCACUACGAGCACGUCAUGAAGACGCAAUACGACAACUUUCGUAAGGGUGACCACAUCUACGACCUGCUGAAGGACUUACUUGGCGACAGCAUCUUGAUCGUCGAAGGCGACGAGUGGAAAUUCCACCGUCGCGUGUUUGUCAACCUCUUUAGUUCUUACGCCCUGCGAGAGCACAUGGCUCCCAUUAUUCAGAAACAUGUCCGCGUUCUGCAGCACGUGCUGAAUGCUGCUUCGAAGACCCAAGAUCCCGUCGACCUAUUUACAAUCUCAGGUCGAUUCACACUAGACGCGUUCGGGGAGAUCGCGUUUGGCUUUAACUUAACCACCCUGACACUGAAGCACGAACACCCGUUCGAGCGGGCGUUCGUGGCCGCCCAGCACAUUGCUGCCGCCCGUCUUGUCCAGCCAACGUGGUACUGGAAGCUCAAGCGCUUGCUCAAUGUCGGGAGUGAGAAGCGAUUUUGCGAAGCAUUGACGACCGUCGACCACUUUGUCAUGGACGUCAUCUCCAAAACCAUGGCCAAACGCAAUGCAGCCCCCGACAAUGUCAAUGAGGACGGCAAGUGUCGCAGCCGAGAUAUCGUGUCUCUCAUACUCGCCAAUGAGACGGUCGAUGGGAAACCAGUGGACCCCAUUGUUGUCCGCAACAUCGUGCUCAUGGCGUUGAUUGCUGGACGAGAUACAGCAGCCGACGCCCUCGCGUGGAUGUUCCACUUGCUCACUCUCAACCCUCGAGUCGAGAAUAAGCUGCGUGUUGAGCUGCUGGAGAAGCUGCCAAAGCUUGGCACAGACUUUGACUACGUCCCUGACAUGCAGGACGUGCAUGGAUUAGUGUACUUGGAAGCGACAAUUUGCGAGGCUCUGCGCCUCUACUCUCCUGUGGGAUUUGCGCAGAAGCUGUGUGUCCGCGAUACCGUCUUUCCAGACGGCACGUUUGUGCCGAAAGGAGCUAAUAUUGCUCUCGUGUAUUAUGCCAUGGCCCGGAUGCCAAGCGUUUGGGGUGAAGACGCCGCGUCCUUCGUGCCGGAACGGUUCAUUGAUGCCAAAACAGGCGAGAUGCUCAAAGUCUCGUCUGGCAAGUUUAGUGCCUUCAACACGGGACCUCGCGUGUGCGUCGGGCAGAAGCUUGCGAUGAUGGAGAUGAAGAUGGUUCUGACGUGUGUCGUCAGUCGCUUCCAUUUGGAUGAAGUUCCAGGCCAGGAGGUCGCAUGCGCGAUUGGACUUACUAUUGGCAUGAAGAACCCGCUCAUGAUGCACGUAAAAAAGCUUUCAAGCGCUGAUAACGUUGUUGUAGGAGUUGCGGCUUGA